ACACUAUUUCUUCCUUCUGCCGUCACUCUGCUAUUUACCAAUUCUCUCCAUCUCUCAUCGCCAGAAGAGAAAGCCACCGUCGGCCAUGUCGGCGCCGCCUCAAGGACCACCCGUUGGCCCCUCGGGUGUCCUCAUCGAAGCCAAGCAACGCAUCAUCAAUGCCCACCCUCGUCGUCACUUCCUCGUCCUCUCUGUCUUCAUCCUCCUCCCACUCUCUUUCACUCUCAUCGUCUUCCUCACCCUCCGCCGCAACCGUCUCCUCCGUUAUCUCGUCACCACCACCUCCGACAUUCUCCUACGGCACAUCUUCCAAUUUCACAAUAUCAACUCCAAUGUGCUUUUCUUCUCUCUGAUUUACUCAUUCUUCGUCUUCGUCUUCUCCCUCUGCGCUGUCGCCACCAUCACCUAUAGCAUCUUCCACCGCUUCUCCGGCCAACCCGUCAAGUUCCGAUUCUCUAUCAAGUCAAUAUUCACUUCGUUCUUACCCUUACUGGGAACCGUCAUCGUUUCACAAGUUAUCGUCUGCUUAAUCUCACUUGUGUUUGGGGGUUUCUCGAUUUUGGUUUUCCGUGGAAUUGAGCUUGUCGGUGUUCAAAUUGAGUACUCUUCACCUUAUUUCAUCGGUUUCUCUGCUGUUUUCCUGCUAGCUUUCUUGUUUGUGUUGGUGAAUUUGCAAGUUAAUUGGACCUUAGUGUCUGUGAUUGUGGUCGUGGAAUUCAAUUGGAGCCUGACGGCGUUGAGACGGAGUGUGGAUUUGAUCAAGGCAAUGAAAGAAAUAGGUCUUUCUUCGUUGUUGUUUCUUGUGAUGUUUACUGGGAUUUUGGUCUGGACCAGUUCUGUUUCAUCAACAGGUUCAAAUAAUAAUGAAGAGAAGAAUUGGGGUUUGAUCGUUCAAAUUGUGGUAGCUUCCACUCUCAUCAUGCUGCUCCUGCUUCACAAAACUGCGUCCAAUGCUGUGUUAUAUGCGUACUGUAAGACUAUUCAUGGUGAGCUUGCUCAUGACAUUGCUGAGGAAUUCACUUAUGUCAGCUUGCCAUUCGAUGAUCAUGGGAAAGUUCCUCAUGUUGUGUCAAUAAUCCAUGAGUGACAAUGAGAAUGAGGUUAGUGGUUUUUUUUUUUUUUCUCCUACCAUGAUUAUCCCAUUGAGUAAGAUUCAAGCAUUGUAUGGCACAAGCAGUUCUCUCAAAAACAUUUUUCACAUAUAUAUGAUUUCAAAUGCAAGACCUCAUACUUAAACAGUUAUAUAGUCAUUUCUAUUAUGAGGAUCAACACUUUAUGGUGGUUAUUGAUCCUUUUUUAUGAGAUUGCCGGAGAAUUCACUUAUGUCAGCUUGCCAUUUGAUGAUCAUCAAUAAGUUCCUCAUAUUGUGUCAUUAAUUCAUGAAAGAUUAUGAGAAUGAGAUUACUGGUCUUGUAUAUAUAUGCAACUAUCUGACUCAAUCAGAUUCAAAUGUUGUAAAGCUCAACUGAAAGUAACUCUCUCAAAAGCAUUUUCAAUAUCCACAUGAGUUGGAACACAAGACCUUGCAUUUAAACGAUCCUAAAUGGCCAUACCUCCUAUUGGGGGUUAGUGGUUUUGUCAUGAGGCCUCUUACUUUAUAGUUACUAUUAUUAUUAUAGUUGAAUAUGGUUUAUAUAUACAAAAGGAAAGAAAAUCACACAAAGAAUGAGGUUUUUUCUGUACAAUUUAUUGAAGCUGGAAAAAAAAAACAAGAUGUGAGACUUGUGUGAAUUAAUGUAUAUCAUAUGGCAAUGUUUUAUUUUCUGCCCCUUUUAUUUUGUCUCCCAUUUUACCUGGUUGAAGUGAGUAUAUUAAGGGCCUAGAAUUAAAUUUGAAAGGAGCAGAGGAUUUCCAAAACUCAGGUUCUUGCUGGAAUAGAAGCAUCCGUUUUCAAUUUUCAGGCUUCAAUUAUUGUAAUUGACAGGAUCCUUACAUCCUUAUCACAAUAAUAUUCACACUCUGGCAAAAAAGAAGUGUUGGUGCCUACAUGUGAUUUUUUGUUUCUAGUGCUUAUGUGAAACUUGUUAGAAUGGAUGACUUUUUGUAAAUUAGUAAAUUGUGCAAAGCACCAAAUGUGCUCUACACUCCUU